GGUCCCUAAACCCCACCUCCCUCGAGUAGCGGGAGGUGGGAGGGGAGAUGGGGGGCUGUUCACGGUCUCUUUUCCCGGAGUCCUGGGCCACAGAUUCCUAAGGUAGCAGGCUGAAGAGGCCUAGCCCAUGGGGUUAGAAAAGGGAGAGAGACUGUUGAGCAUAUCGGGGUUGCAAAAUUCCAGUCUGGGGCCCUCUCGGUGGGCGGAGAUCAAUCACACUGAAAGUCUUCUGUGGAAGUCCUCUCUGCAGCUGGGAACCCAUCUCACCUGGACCAACUAGCCCAGAGCGAACGAAGCUGAAGACGCGCUUCCGCGUUGAUCAACAGCGGACAGGGAUGGUCUUGGAGGAGCUUGUGGCCAUGGAACUGAAGGUAUGGGUGGAUGGCAUCCAGCGGGUGGUCUGCGGGGUCUCAGAACAGACCACCUGCCAAGAAGUGGUCAUCGCACUAGCCCAAGCUAUAGGCCAGACAGGCCGCUUUGUCCUUGUGCAGCGUCUUAGAGAGAAGGAACGACAGCUGCUGCCACAGGAGUGUCCAGUGGGAGCACAGGCCACCUGUGGACAGUUUGCCAAUGAUGUCCAGUUUGUCCUCAGGCGGACAGGGCCCAGCCUGUCUGGAAGGCCAUCCUCCGACAACUGCCCACCCCCGGAACGAUGCCUAGUUCGUGCCAGCCUUCCCCCAAAGCCAUGGGCAAAACCAGGCCGGGAGCCACGUAAAGCAUUGACUUUCAACCUAGGAUGUCCAAAGCUGGUCCCCAGCCCCUCGAUCCCUGAGCCUAUAGCUCUGGUGGGACCCACACCAGACUGCUUUGCAGACCUGCAGGGCCUAGAACUCAGGGUACAAAGGAACGCUGAGGAAUUGAGCCACGAGUCCUUCUGGGAACAGGAGCUACACCGAGAACAAGCCAGGGAGCGUGAGGGACAGGCACGCCUGCAAGCUCUGAGUGCGGCUACUGCUGAGCAUGCUGCCCGGUUGGAGGCCCUCGAUGCCCAGGCCUGUGCCCUGGAGGCAGAGCUUCGACUGGCUGCUGAGGCCCCUGGUCCUCCCUCAGCUACAGCAUCUGCUACUGAGCGCCUGCGCCAGGACCUGGCCAUCCAGGAGCGACAUAGUCUGGAGAUGCAGAGCACCUUGGCCCUAGUGAGCCAGGCUCUGGAGGCCGCUGACCAUGCUCUGCAGGCCCAGGCUCAGGAGCUGGAGGAGCUGAACAGGGAACUCCGGCAGUGCAACCUGCAGCAGUUCAUCCAGCAGACGGGGGCUGCAUUGCCACCACCUCCACAGCUGGACAGAACCAUCCCUAACCCACAGGACCUUCUACCUCCACCUAGAGAAGAGCCUCUCCUGGGAGUCCCCCAGAGCCAUAUCCUAGUGUCCAGCCUGAGUCCUGAGGUUUCCCCCAUGAGGCAGAACUCCUGGAGGUAGCAGUGACUACGCAAGUAGGGGUCACUGAGGACAGAUGAGCCAGCACAGCUGGGAUGAGCUACCUGGACAGUGGGGGAGUACAAUCACAGGAUUCCUUCCCUAGAAUGGGCAAAGCUAUGAUGUCCUGAGGUUUCUGCUCCAGGGGACGGGAGUGCUGGCAACAUGUCAUCCUAGUCUUCUUCAUGUCUCCCAAGUCCCCUGAAGAAGCGAGGGGGCAUAGUUCAGAACUUACCAUCCUUAUUGGAGGAGGGA